AUGAAAGAUGAUGCACCUUUUCAAUAUGUUUCCGGAAGUAUACAUUAUUUUCGCAUUCCGGAACAGUACUGGUACGAUCGACUUUUCAAAAUGAAGGCUGCUGGGUUAGAUGCUAUUCAAAUUUACAUACCAUGGAAUUUCCACCAACCCGAGAAGGAUGUAUAUGAUUUUGAUGGUGAUCGGAACUUGGGAAGGUUUUUGGAACUGGCUUCAUCUUUAGAUCUGUUGGUAAUUGCACGAGUCGGACCAUACAUAUGUGCCGAAUGGGAUUUUGGUGGCUUGCCAGCUUGGCUUUUGCGGAUUAAUCCGUUGAUGAAGUUACGCUCCAGUGAUCCAGAAUAUAUGAAGUUUGUGACGAUGUGGUUCAGUGUUUUGUUACCGAGUAUGAAACGUUUUCUCUAUGAGAAUGGUGGGCCGGUAAUUAUGGUGCAGUUAGAAAAUGAAUAUGGCUCCUAUCCAACAUGCGAUGAAACAUACUUAAAAGAGCUUUAUAAUUUAGCACGCUCACAUUUGGGGGAAAAUAUCAUAAUUUUUACAUCGGAUGGUCCAUCCAACGGCUUGUUAAAAUGUGGUUCAUCUGACGAACGCUAUCUAGCAACAGUUAACUUUGGUCCUACAACUGCUCCAGUACUUAAGGUUUUCAAAGUAUUGGAGGAUUUCCGACAGAAUCAACCCUGGGUAAAUAGUGAAUAUUAUGUUGGUUGGUUAGACGUGUGGGGCGGGGAUCAUCAUAUUACCAAUCCUGAAUGGGCAGCGAAUGGACUAAAUCAUCUAAUCAGCUACUCAAUGAGAGUCAAUGUAAAUAUGUAUAUGUUUCACGGUGGAACUAAUUUUGGAUUUUGGAACGGUGGUGCAAGACCUGAAUCAUCAAUUACAAGUUAUGAUUAUGAUGCUCCAAUCAAUGAAGCUGGUGAUAUAACAAGAAAAUAUAUGAUAAUAAGAGAUCUGCUUUUCCGGAGAAAAGGCACUAAACCACCUGAGUUGCCAAGAAAUACUACAAAGAUUUCGUAUGGUCGUGUUAAUAUGAAAUUUGGAUUUCAUCUUUUAGAAAAUAAAGCUCCAAUUACCUAUUCUGCGUUUCCUCUUAUUAUGGAAAGUUUGCGACAGUAUGACGGUUUUAUGAUUUAUUCAGUCACUGUAACAGUCCCACGCAAUGGAUCUAUUUUUCUGAGGUUCUUUGGUAUCUCAGACAUAGCGCAUAUUUAUACUGGAGAUAAAUCUGGGCAUUAUACAUUUCAUGGCUCAAUACGAUAUAAAAAUAAAACGUUUCAAUUCAACAACAUGCAUGACGUAAGUAACCUUACUAUAAUUACUGAAAAUGCUGGACAUAUUAAUUAUGGAUCUAACAUGUAUUCGGAUGUAAAGGGUAUUACUGGACCGGUAAUAUUGAAUGGAAAAGAACUUCGAGAUUGGACCAUGAUUCCAAUUAGAGAUCCGUUUGCUAUAGUGAGCACAAACAAAAUGAAACAUUUUCUGUCAGAAAAGAAGUGGCCAGUACCUGGAUCUAUUUAUCACGGAGCAUUCGUUGUUGAGGAUUUGGGAGAUACUUUCAUCCAACCUGAUAGUUUUGUGAGGGGAAUAAUAUCAGUUAAUGGUCAUCAUGUAGGACGAUUUGAUCAGCGACAAGGACCACAGCUUCGACUGUAUGUGCCGAAAACAUUUUUAAAACUGGGUAGAAAUCAUAUAACAAUCACAGAAUUACGAGGUCCUAUAAAAGAUAAUGCACAUCAUGUCCAUAUUACAUUUCAUGAUCAAAUGCUUUGGAAGUAA